UGAACCGCUCCAUCCGCGACCUGGACCACGCCUCACUGGCUGCCAUCAGUCAGAGUCUACAGCAACGGACCGAGAAAUCCCUCAGGGGAUUCAAAGAACAGAUGAUUGGGAGUGCAAGAGAAAUCCAUGACCUUUGUUCCAAACAACAGACCCACAUCCUGGACCUGACUAAGACCGUGGCCGAGUCGGCACUUCAGUUCAUGUACUCCUGUAAGGAAGGGGGAGGCAACCCUAAGGCCCCUAAGCACACCCAUGAUAACAUUGACACAGCAGCAGACAACACAAUGGACGUCGUACAGGACCUGUUACAGUCUCUGGAGGAGGCCGCCUCACAGGCCGGCGUAGUCAACAGUAUGAUAGAGAAACUCACCAAAUCAAUCACUAAGACGGACAAGCAGGUAAUGGUGAGGGAGGGGAUGUCCUUCGUGGAGUACCAGUCCAACAUGGUCAGUCUGGCCAAGAAGAUCGCCAUGACGACGCAGGAGAUGGUGGGCAAGGCGGGGGUGAACCCGGGCGACCUCGGGCGACUGGCCAAUCAGCUGACAUGAGACUACGAUAUGUUGGCCAGUAACUCCGCAAAUGCCGCAGCAACCUCCAACAGUCAGGAUGUAAGUGGAGUCACAAGUCUGUUACAAUGUCUGGUGAUUCCUAGUUUAUUGGUUUAUCCGUUAUUCUAAAACUGUUUUGUGGACAAAUUUGGAUGGAUAUUGUGUGCUGUGUGUACUGUUAAGUCAAGAAUAUGGUUAUCUGCAUGAACAAGUGUUUAUUUGGUUUUAUUUUUAUUACCGAUAAUUCCAAUGGAGUUACAGAAGUCAAUUAAUUACUGGUCAUCAAGGGACUUUGUGUUCUGUAGGUGAAUAUAAUAUGUUUUACCUAUCUAAGCUCCUGAAAUUUCUGGUAUCUUUCGGUGCUAGGACGGGGAUGUCCAUUACAAUUGAA